AGAGCUUGGAAAUGUGGAUGAAGAGAGGAGAUUGCUGGAUGACGCAUUGAGGCGCUUCCCCUCAUUUUUCAAGCUUUGGUUGAUGUUGGGACAGUUAGAAGAGAGACUUGGUAAUUCUGACAAGACAAAGGAUGCCUAUGAGUCUGGCAUUAAGAAUUGUCCCAAUUGUAUACCCCCUUGGCUGUCCCUUGCGUCACUAGAGGAGAAGAUGAAUGGGCUGAGCAAAGCUCGAGCAGUUCUUACUAUGGCCAGGAAGAAGAAUCCUCAGAGCCCUGAGCCAUGGCUUGCAGCUGUGCAGGCUGAAGCUAGGCAUGGGUACAAAAGGGAAGCUGAUGUUCUGAUGGCUAAAGCAUUGCAGGAGUGCCCCAAUAGUGGCAUUCUAUGGGCUGCUUCAAUUGAGAUGGCACCUCGUCCUCAAAGAAAAACCAAAAGUUCUGAUGCUUUAAAGAAGUGUGAUCAUGAUCCGCAUGUUAUUGUUGCAGUGGCUAAGCUGUUUUGGCAGGAGAGGAAAGUAGAGAAAGCAAGAAAUUGGUUCAACAGGGCAGUGACCCUUGCACCAGAUAUUGGUGAUUUCUGGGCAUUGUACUUUAAAUUUGAACAGCAGCAUGGAACGGAGGAGCAGAGGAAUGAUGUGUUGAAGAGGUGUGUUGCCGCAGAGCCAAAGCAUGGGGAAAAAUGGCAAGCUACAGAGAAGGCCGUAGAGAACUCUCAUGAACCAACAGAAAGCAUAUUGAAGAAGGUGGUAGCCUCAUUAAAGAAGGAGGAGAAUUUGGCUGAAAAUAACCACAACUAA